AUGCCUCCAAAAAGAGCAUAAUCAAAAUCUAAAAAGGCUAUUCCUGUAACAACAGCAAAAGGAAAGAAAGAUGCAAAAGCAGCAUAAAAAAAUGCGUAAUAUAGAUUUAAUCAAAUUUAGUAAGGUAAUAGCAAAAUAGACAACAAAAAGUGUAUCUACUACAAGAAAAGGUUAGAAGACAAAGUCUGUAAGUCCUGCACCUCCUCCAAAAUCAAUAAAAAAGAGUGAUGCUAAAUAAUCAUCUGUAUCCAAAAAAGUAGUUACAACUACUCCUGCAAAGAAAGAUGUUUAAGAUAAGAAAAAAGCAUAAAAGAAAUCACCAUCUCCUCCUCCAAAUAAAAAAGUUUAAUAAGAGAAAACAGAAUUGAAGAAAAUUACAUUUACUGGAUCUGCUCCUGUUGACUAAUAUGUUCCAUUUAGGGAUAAUUAUGUUGUAUAUGAAUAAGGUGGUAAGAUUUAUGAGUGUGCAAUGAAUUAAACUAAUAUUAUAGGAAAUAAUAAUAAUAACAAGUUUUAUUUUGUUUAACUAUUAAAAAAGAAAAAUGAAAGUAUAUAUAAAUAUGAAUAAAUUUAGAUGCAUUUUCUGUAUUCACUAGAUGGGGAAGAGUUGGUUAAAUUGGAUAAUAGGCUGAAUAACCAUUUUAAGGCGAUUUAUCAUAAGCAAUUAGUGCAUAUGAAAAGAAGAUUCAUGAAAAGAGUGUUAAAGGAGAUUAUCGUAUUUUAGAGAAGGAUUAUUCAGGAGAAAAUGAUCCAAAGGCUUUAGAAAAAUUAGAGAAAUUGAGAGAAUAGAGAGAGAAAGAAGCAUUUAAUAAAAGUAAGUUACAUUAGAGAGUAAAAGAGUUAAUAAGAUUGAUUUUUGAUAUGAAAAUGAUAAAUAAUUAAAUGAGAGAGUAAGAAUAUAUUUUUAAAGUAGAAUUGGUUAUGAUGCAAAGAAAAUGCCAUUAGGUAAAUUAGCAGUAUCUACAAUUAAAAAAGGAUUUGAUGUAUUAAAAUCUAUUUAAGAUGAAUUGGAUAAAAAGAAUCCAAAUCAUUCAGAGUUAUAAAAACUAACUAGUGAAUUUUAUAGUUAAAUUCCACAUGAUUUUGGAUUUAAUAAAGCUCCUUUAAUUGAUACAAAAGAAAAAGUGAAGGCUAAACUUGAAAUGUUAGAAGCCAUUUAACAUAUUUAAGUGGCAACUAAAAUUUUAGAUGAAAGCAAAGAUGAUUCUAAUGUGAUAGAUGAAAAUUAUAAAAAACUUAAUAUAGAUUUAAAAUAUUUAGAUCAUAAUAGUGAGAAAGUGAAAUUAAUCAAAACAUUUAUACAAAAUACAUAAGGAUAUUAUAAAUUAGAAGUUGAAGAUGUUUUUGAAUUAACAAAAGAAUAAGAUGAUAAGAGAUUUAAAAAAAAUCUUGGUAAUAGAAUGCUUUUAUGGCAUGGAUCACGUUUAACUAACUUUGUAGGUAUCUUGGGUCAAGGUUUAAGAAUUGCUCCACCUGAAGCUCCAGCAACUGGAUAUAGAUUUGGAAAAGUAAUCCCUUUAAAUAUUUAUUUUAGGGUGUUUAUUUAGCAGAUGUAGUUGAAAAAUCAGCAGAUUAUUGUUGUCCAGAUCCAACAACAAAUACUGGUUUAAUUUUACUAUGUGAUGUUGCAUUAGGAAAUCCUAAUAUUAAAUUAGAGUCUGAUUAUAAUGCUAGUAAUCUUCCUAAAGGAAAACAUUGUACUUGGGGUAAAGCUAGAAGAUACCCUCCUGAAAAAUCUUAUGUAGAAAUGCCUGGAUUACCUGAUGUGAAAGUUCCUAUUGGUAAACCAGAACCUUCAGAUGUAGAGAAGAAAUCAGGAUUGUGGCAUAAUGAAUUUAUAGUUUAUGAUGUUGCAUAGGUGAGACUUAAAUAUUUAAUCAAAAUGAAGUGGAAAAAUUGA